AUGGCUACUCAAAUGAGCCUUCAGUCGGCUCAAGAAGCCUGGAAGCAGAUUGACGCGCUCGGGGUCGAUGGUGUUCGAAGCAAGAAGGGCAUCUACGUGACCGUUAACGGCAACGAUCCUACCGGAAAUGUGGUAAUUCGCACGACCAAUCAGCCGUCGAGCGACGGUACAAACGAUGCUUUCAAAACCAUACUGGCCAAGGGGCUGCCAAUCACAAGAUUCGCUUGCGAGCGCGCGCUCACCCAAAAGCGCAUCGACGACUACUUCCGGACGCAGAAAAGUCGCUACCGUGAUCCCGAGCUGCUGACAACGCAGCAACGCAUCGGCAGGGACUGCAAAGCCACCGGACAGACCACCGUAUUCUUGGACAUUGACAGCCAGAUAAAGAGCAAGGCAUCGUACGUCCGCCCGGCUCAAGUUUUCAUCGCUCUGCUUAAGGCGCUUCGAGACAACGUCUGGACGCCGGAGGGCUGCGUGACGAUCGCUUUCAGAGACUUCCUCAACGAGACUCGCGCUGAGGCAAAAGACAUCGCCAAAGCCUUCAUGGGCCAAAUCGCUGACCUUCUCGUCGAAGGGGGUGUGAACACAAACCAGUUGCGCAUGGUGGUCAGGACCGAUGUCGGGGACGCGCUACGAACUUAUGAUCGGAUCAAAACGUGUGAAAAUGUUUUCGAGGGUACGGUAGAUGGAUUGCGCACCCCGCAACCGGGCGCCGCUGGUGCCCCGCGCCCUGCCAACGCC